AUGACAACGUCGGUCGCAAGCUCAUCAACAACGAAAGUCACCUACGCUGUCGGCGACUUUGUAUAUUUCGACGAUCCAGUGGCCACCGAUGCGCCGUUUCAGAUUCGAAAGAUUGAUGAGCUUGUCAAGACAGAGAAAGGAAGUGUUGACGCCCGAUGCGUCAUCUACAUGCGGCGACGCGACAUCCCACAGCAUCUUCUGAAGAUUGCCGAUCAAGCACAACGCCGAUUUGAUAAUUACUAUGAGGUUGAUAAGAAGAAGCCCGAGAAUUUCACCACAAAGGGGUUCCUCGUCGCUAACGGAGCACCUACCACAGCCACUAACGCCGACGCACCAGAAGAUGCAAAUGAAGAAGAGCCUGAAGACGAUGGUCCACCGAAAAUUGAUCAAGAGGAAGGCGUUGCGCCAGCACGAAUCAACGCUGGACGCACAGGUUCAUCAAUAGAUUCAGAAGACGCGUCGUUAAAGGAGAAAGCGGAAACAGAAGCCACAAAACUUGUCGAUUGGGGAGAUGGUGGAUUGCCGCUUGGAGUUGAUAAGCUCUCCAAGGAUCAACGCCUUCGUCUCCGACAACAUGAGAUCUUCAUGACUCGGCAAUCCGAAAUACUGCCAGCAACACUGAUUCGUGGAAAGUGUCGGGUGGUGUUGUUGGGUGACUGUGAGGAGGCUGAAAACUAUAUUGGGCAAGACGACACUUUCUUCCAUUCUCUGGUGUAUGACCCAAAUGCACAAACGCUGUUGGCUGACAAAGGAGCCAUCCGCGUCGGAGAAAAGUACCAAGCUGUAGUCGACGAUUGGAUGGAACCUGAGGAACGAGAAGCAAAGGAACAGGCUGAGAAAGAGGCAAAGGAGCAUGCGAAGCGUGUUAAGAAGGAAGAAGAAGCAGAAAGAUUGAGACAAGAAAAAGAAGAUGAUAACAUUGAGAAUGGGUUGAAAAUUGAUGAAGGAGACGACGAAGAAAUGCCAGAAGCGAAGGCUGAUGCUAUUGUGAAAGAAGAAACACCAGAGGACGAGGACGACACUGAACCGAAAUCCCGCGAAAUUUUAGUCUGGACUCCUUAUCAGAAUCUCACAGACCGAGAUAUCGAUCAAUAUCUGAUUGUGGCCAGAUCCGUUGGCUUGUUCGCAAGGGCUAUCGAUGGUGCGUCUGCUCCCAAACUCCCAACUCUCCAAUUGGCGGCCGCAUUUGCUUCCCGUGAUGUCACUAUUCUCCAUGCCUAUGCUAUCCUUCACCAAGCCCACUAUGACGUUGGACAGGCCGUCAAGUACCUGGUCCCGAUUGCAUCAAAAGAAUCCUAUCCAUUGGAAGUGGACCAGACUACAGGAUUGCAAACAAAGAUUCUUGGAGGUCCGAUUCUGUGUAGAGAUCAGUUGGAGGAAUGGUCGACUCCGGAAAUGAAUCUAUUCGAAGAUGCAUUGGACAAGUGUGGCAAGGAUUUCAACGAAAUUCGUGCGGAUUAUCUGCCGUGGAAGUCGAUUCGCGACAUCGUCGAGUAUUAUUAUCUUAUGAAGGCGUCGAAUCGAUACACGGAUCGCAAGAAGGCAAAGCCAAAUGGCGGAUCGGCUGAUGAGAAGUUCACCAACAUUUACAUCCCACCAUUCAACAAACCAAUCGCCGCAUCCGUUCAACCAUACAAUCAAACUCAGAAUCUCGUUCGAUCCGAAAUUCCAUGCGAGAACUGUGGAACGUUGGAUGGCAUCAACUGGUAUCAAUGGGGAGGUGUUGAGAAGAAAGUGUUAUGCUCAACGUGUUGGAUCAAAUGGAAGAAGUUCGCUGGCUUGGACCAGAAGCACGAUCUCGAGCGAUUCGAUAAGACGCGCCCACCUGUUCUCGAUCAACCGACUGCGCUAGGAACCAAUGGAUCGGAUCGGCCUCCAGUGCUGCAACAGCAGAAGCCAACAACAGGUGCUGCGCCGUCAGUUGCCCGCCCAACCGUUCAAACUCCCAGAGCUGGAAAUAAUCCGUUAGGAGCGGACAAACAAAGUCUGUUAAAGGUAGCAAAGGAAGCGUUGGCACGCGGUCAAAUUACCCAAGAACAGUUUAUACAGUUGAACAAGAACUUUGCCAUUUCGGUGGUGGCCGCGCAACAGCAGCAGCAGAUGGAACAAUUGCAGCGGGCACAGGCGCUGGCCCAACAGGCUGCAGCAGGAAAUUCUGCUGUUCAAAAAAUCCAGAAAAAAGUGACACCUGCAACAAAGCCAACCGUCUUCUUCUAUACCAACAUUUGUCGCCGUGCAGUGCGGCGAAUCUUGCCAAAAUCGGCGUUCAACGUUCGAAAAUUGACAAGAAAUUUGAAAACGUCAGUCGAUGAGGAGAAGAUUCUCAGAGCGAUGAUAAUGAUGGACAAGCGAACGCUCCUUAACUCCGCCUACAACGCCGCCGGUGACAAGAGGAAUCUGAUUGCGGAGGCGGAAUUCCACAAAGGAAUCACACAUCUUCAACAUACAUUGACAUCAGCGGCCACAGGAAAGCGAUCAGCCACUCAAUCAGCUGUGGGAGAACCAUCUGCUAAGAUGGCAAAGCAAACUGAUUCCGCCACGACUUCCGGUCACUUUCUUUCACAGCAAACUUCAAGAUCACAAGAACAUCAGUUUGCUAAACCACGAUUGCCAACGCGUGGCGGUCCGAUGGUCACCCCAUCGCUAGAAGACAUUGGGAAUACACUGUUAGCUGUGAAGAACACGGGAAUCUUCAAUGAUAGUCAUCUGACGCAGGACUCGACUCCAUCCUCCUGCACGGGACAGCCUUCUUACAGAGAACGAAUAAAAAAAUUGAGGAAGACACGCACGGAUUCCCGUUGGUUCGAAAUCAACGAGGAAGUGGUGAAACUUCGAUGCGGACCUCAGUUGAAAACUAAGCGACGCCAACUGAUGUCACGACACCAGACCCGUCAUGUAGCCCGUCAUCCAUGCGAAUUCCAUCAAUUUCUUCAGUCAUACCAUGCAAUAAUAUCUCCAAUAUUUCUCGACGAAGUCAAACGUCCAGGCCCACCACCAAUAUUUCCUUGA